GUGUUGGUAGUAGUUUUUUUUUUUUUGACGUGAGUUCGAAUUGUUACACACUGUUAUUAUAUGUUUAUUGUAGGUCUCCCCGCGCGGGAGAACCAAGAUUCGUUGAAUUGUUUAAAUUGUUGAACUGUUAAAUUGUUGAAUUUUUGUUACUGCGUUCUGCCUGUUUGUGAAAAUUGUUUCUUCCCCAUUAUGGGUGAAGUGGUGAAAAGAGGAGAAAUGGAACAUGUCGCAAGUUAUGCAUCCGCACCUACACAAGGCAUUACGACCAACACACAUGAAGUUCACGAAAUGAAAAUAGAGACAAAAGAAUGGAAAAAAGGAAACAAAUUGUCACAAAAGGAGGGGGCCAGUUUAUAGCUGACCCCCACCACCACCACCACCACACAGCAGAAGAAAUGAAGAAGAAUGUAGCAAGGAAGACGGCUGUGUACAGGACGUUCUCAACCACUACCAAGAAAAUAGAGAUUGCUCCAAUAGAGGCAAUAGAGGAAUGUCUAGGUGAAGUGAGAGGAUUAGCCACCUUCUAUACACGUGGAAGAAAAUACGGCACAGUGGAGAUUAGGUUCUCCAGUGAGGAGGACGCUAUUAACCACUCCACUGAGCUGAUAAGGACACAAGAGUGGGUGCUGUGUCAAAUAUGUUGCCAGAGUGAGAGUCGGCAGAGUGCUGCCCGAGAUCGAAGAGGCAUGGCUGGUGGCAGCAGUCAUGCACGGAAUGGAGGAAGAUGGAAGGAUUCUGAAGAUAACCGGAACGAAGGAAGUUAAUUGUUGGGACUACGGCCUAGAAAUGGUAAUUCAAGUUGGGUUAAAAGACUUACAUGGAAUUGUAGAAGAGAUUCUUCUUCCGGAAGACAUUACGCUAAGAGUGGUGGUGGAUGGAAGACCUCUAACAUGUUUUUUUUAUGUAAACAAAAAGGACACAUGAAAGCAAAGUGCCCUCAGCAAGAAAGUGAAGUAGAGUAACAACAAUGCGAAGAGCAGCCCGCCGAAGAAGAGGGAUCGGAAAUAAAGGAAAAUAAAGAGGAGACGUUUAGUGUAAAAAAGCGGAAGAGAAAAGAGCGGGUGAGCUCUCCGACAGAGAACCAAAAACGAAAGCAGGAAGUAGAGGAGAAAAUAGAGGGGGUACAGAGGAACUGGUGAGAUACACCAAUAGAAGUAUUGCAGCAUAGAGUGGAAGAUAUAAUCGUGGACGAUCGUGGGUAUGUACAGACUGAGGAACUAAGGAAAACGAAUAGCCCGGACAGUCCAGGUCUGGAGUGUAAGCAAGAAAAUAAUAAUAAGAAAAAUGGCAUGUAGUAACAUACGGGAAAAGUGCGUCAUAGAGCGGAAAAUAACGAAAUUCAUAGGUGCCACAAGGACUGAAUUACCAGCUGAAUGAUACCCGGAACACAUAAAGGGAGUGGUGAUUGCCAAGAAAAGGUAUAAAAGUUGAAAGAACUAUUUAAAGGUGAUGUGAACCCUUUGGGGGAAGAAAUUGAAUUUGAAGAACUACUAAAAGAACUUACAUACGAGGAGCUAAUACCUGUAACGAAUGGUAAUAAAGGAGUACUUUAAAAGAAGAACGAAAAAAGAAAUAGACUUAUUAACAAAGGAGAAAAAGAAAAGGAAAAAAAGAGGAAAUAGACUUUAAAAAAAAGAACGGGAGAAAGACGCAAAAAGAAAACUUUCAUAACUUGUAUAAACUAAGUUAAAUGGUAUUGCUUGAGAAGUGGGGUUCAAUGCAGCCAUUUCAUUCUCAUCGAUUUCAUUAUAUAUAUUUUUUAAAUUUUCAUUCGUUUUAUGCGUUUUGUCCCCACCGUAGUGUCCUGUCUGUCAUUUUGCUGUCUCGUCUGUGUAAGAGCCUGAGUGCUUAAAUAAAGAAAUACUGUUGGUUGUGGACCUCCUAAGGUCUGACCACAUUACAGCGACCUUCAUCUUCGUCGCCGCUAUCAUCUCUCACCAACGUCGUCAACAACAUUUACACAGCACCAACGCACUGCUCUGGUUCUAACAUAUCGCUGUUCUUGAGUUUUCCGCACCAGGGUUAACUGCUAACAUACAACCCACGCAGAUGCAUGUAGAUAUAUGAAUAAAUGUACAUCAACCACUUUCACUUAUCAUUCACAUUGUGUAUGUACGUGUGGCCACAUUAAAGGUAUAUAAAGUCACAGCCUUGUUUUAUGUAUUCUUCAUACCGGUUUUCCUGUCAAAUGAUAUUACAACCUUCUGAGUAGAUUCACAUUAGAUGGAACACAACCUAUCCAUCUAUAUGUUCAUUUGGGCCUUGUACCCUCAAUUUUAAAAGAAACAUAUUUCAUCACCCAUCCUCAAAGCCUGAAAUGAGUUUUAUUCUUUGAAAAAUAUUUCACGGGGAUCCCGGCCACGUCUCCAAAAGAAAGAUCUUAAGGGACAGCUAAACAUUUACAGACAGGGAACAUGCUUUGGACUGUUAGAUUUAUUGAGAAGCUUUUAAAAUAUAUUUAAAUACGUGAAAAUAAUGACUGUUGUGAUUAAUAGUAAGUCUGUAACACUGCGGUUACUACACUAAUAUAUCAACGGUGAUAUCAACUAAUAUAUCAACGGCAGUCAAUUUGGUUGAGUUAUUUUCAUUUAUUAUUGUAUUUUGUGUGAGCCUUUAAACUUGAUGGACAUUUUCAGAUUGAAUAUAUAAUAACAGAGCUGGGUUUCGACGUCUUAUUAAACAAAAGUGUUCGUUUCAACUGCAGUAUUCUGCUUCGGAAGUUUUAUUUUAAACAUCCAGACUUUGAUGCUAAAAAUCACUUAUUUUCCGUUCAUUUUUAAAGUAAUCUAUUCAGAUUAAUUUAAUUAUAAAAUUGGAAUAGGUAAGCUAACUGUCGUUGUUAUUGCUCAGUAGUAGGUCGACCCUGAGCGGAAUCGAACUAUGAUCUAAGUUAUUCCUGUCAUAAGCCGUCUUUUCUAAAUGUUUACGGCCAAGGACUUUGUCGUCAAUGAGCUUUUCUCUUUUUAAGUGAGUAACGCUUGAUUUCAUGAAGAUUUGGCAGCUAUUUAUAACACAUUUAGCAGCAUACAGUAAAACUGUGAUUGCCUUUGUUAGUACAGUAUCUAGUAAUGGUCUGCGCAAAUAUAAAUGACACACAGGCACCUAAACAAAUUAGAAAUAGAAAUAUUGCAAGGAAUACGAUGUAAGAGACAGGGGAAGUAACUUGCUCCAAGGGAAACAACUCAUUAUGUUGUUCAUGCCUUAGUAACGUGUAAUCAAUAAAUCGGUAUAACGUGGACAAUGAAAUCUCUAAGUGAUGCACCUCUGCCAUAUCGUUCCUUAACAUACCUGUUCUUGUUUUCAUCGGUGACACAAUACUUUCACGAUAAUCUUUGAUAUAUGCAAUGGUUAUUAUCAUCUAAACUAUGUAAAAAUGUCGACUGGAUUAAGUUAUCAAGGACUACGGUGUGCACAUCAGGCGCGAGAAGCAGAGGAAUUAAAAACAUCCCAAAGACGGAAAAAUCUUCUUAUUCUUAUCAUUCACUAUCUUACAGAACAAGGCUAUCGAGAAUCAGCUGAUUGCUUGACUAAAGAGACCAACAUUGAUGUGAACCGCUAUGAGACAUGUGACAAUAUUGAUUUAGAAACUAUCCUGAUGGACUUUGAGAAUUAUUACCACCUCAAAUUUUCCAAGUACCCGAAACUAACUAAAGCAUCUUUAUCAAGUGCUGCUGAACGCCGUCUAGGAGACAAACAUUGCCGAAGUGCCAAGUCAUCAACAACUCUUGUAAAUGGAUUGCCACAAAUAAGUGGUGGAGCUCGAGGUCACAUUUCACCCCCACUUGCAAAUCCAUACCAAACCUCAGGAAGACAAAAGUUAUCAGCACAUCAGACAAAAAGAAAUUUUAAAAGUAACCUAAUUAUUGAUUUUCGAGCAUUACUGAAUGGUGCAACAAAGCUAAGUCUUGAUGAUAACUUGGAAGCUUCACCUCAAGACCGUCUGUUGAAGCCACUUGGAGGCUACAUGGGUUAUAACAACGAAUGGAGAGACCUGGCACAACUAAUUAGUCGGGAAAUUUAUGUCCACAAUCCAAAUCUAGGCUGGAAUGAUAUUAUUGGUUUAGAUGAAGCCAAGAGGUUAGUGAAGGAAGCUGUGGUGUAUCCAAUUAAGUAUCCAUCACUAUUUAAAGGAAUCUUGUCUCCUUGGAAAGGGUUACUACUGUAUGGACCUCCAGGAACUGGUAAAACAUUGUUGGCCAAAGCUGUUGCUACAGAGUGUAACACAACAUUCUUUAAUAUAUCUGCCUCCAGUAUAGUCAGCAAGUGGCGUGGGGAUUCAGAGAAACUUGUCAGGGUUUUAUUUGAACUGGCACGAUUCCAUGCCCCCUCAACAAUCUUUCUUGAUGAACUGGACUCGCUCAUGAGUCAGCGUGGAUCAAAUGGUCAAGGAGUAGAACAUGAAGGAAGCAGAAGGAUGAAGACAGAAUUGUUGGUUCAAAUGGAUGGUUUAGCAAAGACUGAUGAACUUGUUUUUCUUCUGACAGCAUCAAACCUUCCCUGGGAGUUGGACAAUGCCAUGUUACGGCGUCUAGAGAAACGUAUCCUUGUUGGUUUACCAAAGAAAGAAGCACGUCAGGCCAUGUUUAACCUGUUUCUCCCAAACGUUGUUACUUCAGAUGAAGGAGGACCUAAACUUUGCACUGAUCUGGACUACGAUUUAUUGGCACAGAAAACUGAAGGCUAUUCUGGAUCUGAUAUCAAACUUGUCUGUAAAGAAGCUGCCAUGAGACCAAUGAGGAAAAUAUUUGACAUCCUAGAGAAUAAUACAGCAGAUAAGGAAUUGAAUAUACAACUAGACACACUGACAACCUAUGAUGUCGAGAUGGCAUUGGAACGAACCAAACCUUCUGCUAGGGGACUGGUGGACCAAUAUGCUGCCUGGCAAAAGGAGUUUGAAUCUGUAUAAAAUCUUAUUUAUUAGAUUUUAAUCUAUUAUUCAUAUAUUUAUUUGUUUCUAUUUUAUACACUUUUCUUUUCUAUCAAUAA